AUGAAAUAUUCAAAAUUGACAUCAGAACAAUAUAUCACUCUUCUCAAACAAUCUCGCUCAACUAUUAAUGCCAAAGAAUUAUAUAUAUGUACACGAAAAGCAAAUGUUACCAUUCAAAACUACGAAGAAGUAAUUUCAAUUCUACAAUCUAUCAAACAAUACAUGAAAUUCAAUAUCAUUGAUAGCAUCAUUGACUUUUUAAUUCAUAAAGACAAAGAAAUGCGUGAUUCAAAAGAAGAAAUAAGAAAACAUCAGAAGGAAUUAACUUCAUUUCAAAGACAAAAUAAAUCCAACGGAUCACCAAACAAUCAAAUUAAUGAAAAUGACAGUAAUUCGAAAGAGUUUUUAACUAAAAUCUCUGAAGUUAAGAAUUUAAAUGAUUUCGAAAGUGUUUACAAAUUCCUUGAUGAACUUUCUUUGUAUGGAAUUCGGGAAUUUAUUUCAAAAGCUUGUGAAGAAGGACUGUGGAAAAUAAUAAAAGAGGAACCAAUGGGGAAUUACAUUGAAGAAAUGAAUGUACUUCAUAUGGCAUGUUCAAGAGGAAAUCUAAGACUCGUUAAAUCUCUCAUCGAAUGUAACUGCGAUAUAGAAGGUGAGACUAAAUUUGGAUCUACUCCUCUCAUUUUAGCAUCAUCUAGAGGUCAUCUUGAAAUUGUUAAAUAUCUAAUCUCUGUUGGUGCCGAUAAAGAAGCACGGAAUAAUGAUGGCUUCACUCCAGUCAUUAUUGCAUCAUAUGAAUGUCAUCUUGAAGUUGUUAAAUAUCUUAUCUCUGUUGGAGCUAAUAAAGAAGCAAAGACUAAUACAGAAUUUACUCCACUCUUGUAUGCAUCGCAUAAUGGUCAUCUUGAAGUUGUUAAAUAUCUUAUUUCUGUUGGCGCUGAUAAAGAGGCAAAGACUAAAUUUGGAUCUACUCCACUCAUUUUAGCAUCAUCUGAAGGCCAUCUUGAAGUUGUUAAAUAUCUAAUCUUUGUUAAUGCUGAUAAAGAAGUAAAGGAUGAUAAUGGUGAGACUCCACUUAUUCAUGCAUCAAAAAAUGGUCAUCUUGAAGUUGUUAAAUAUCUAAUCUCUGUUGGUGCUGAUAAAGGAGUAAAGGAUAAUAACGGAAAAACUCUACUUUCAUUUGCAAAAGGCAUUGUUUGGAUGCAUCUACGUUUUAUUGGAGUAAAAUAA